AUGGAGGCAAAUACAAUCGAAGACAAGAUCGCAAUGAUUUCUUCCAGUCCAGCUGUAGCGAAGGCUCUUCGGGACCACCUCGGGGCUCUUGCGGGGCCGCACCUCUCGGUGACCACGAAUCUGGGGGUCGACGCCACGGGUGGACUGGCCAGGCGACAGGCAGGCAGGUCUCGCAAGCUGAAGUUGCGCAUGGCUCUGUUGAAGAGGAAGGUCAAGCGGCUCGAGAAGCAGCGGACCUUCCUUGGCAAGCGCACCAUCAGGAUGUGUGCCAGUGGUCCCACGCCUGGUGCGUUUUAUGGCUGCACAGUCUUCGGGAUGUCCGACAAUGAGCGGCUGCCG